UUUCAAACGGUUUCUACUUUACAUGCUUCUUGAAGCUCAAAUGGUUGACUGUAAUUUUAGCUUACUCUUAAAACGGAAGACAAAAUGUGCAGUGCUGAUAACACAGAGAAAGACUUUGUUCCAACUGAAUUGAUUAAAAAUUCAGGUUAUUGUCCUUCCAAAAGGCAUUCUGGUGAACUUAACCUGAAACUACAUGUGGUUCUUAUCCUAUGUCUGACAUUCAUGGUGUGUGUACUGGUUACUUUUUUCGUAACUAGAGCUAUCUUCCACCAAAACCCAUCAGAAUGUCUUGUACCUGCAUGCCCAGAAUACUGGAUUGGUUUCCAAAGAAAGUGUUUCUACUUUUCUGAUGACACCAAGAACUGGACAUUCAGCCAGAGAUUUUGUAACUCACAAGGUGCUGACCUUGUUCAGGUUGAAACUCUCCAGGAACUGGGUUUCCUGUUAAGGUAUAAAGGCCCUUAUGACCACUGGAUUGGGCUGAGCAGAGAAGAAGGACAGCUGUGGAAAUGGAUAAAUGGCACUGAAUGGAACAGUUUUUUUCCUAUUAAAGGAGGAGGCGAGUGUGCCUAUUUGAAUGACAAAGGGGCCAGCAGUGCCAGGCACUACUCAGAGAGGAAGUGGAUUUGUUCAAAGCCAGACGUGUACGUCCAGAUGAGGAGACAAAGCCCGAAAUGACCUUCAGACGUACAUUUGUAGGUGCUUAAUAGAUUAGUCUCCCCAUGCUUUCCUUGCAUUCAUUUAUACUGAUAAACCAACUGAAGAUGAUGCUUUUGGUAACGGGGUGAAGCCAAGACACUGCUUAGGGUCCCCUUUUAAAUCUUUCUCUAAUGUAAUUACUUUGCUUGAAAUCCAGUGCUUUCAUUUUCUUCAGUUUUCUAGUAGUAGAAUCCUGUCUGUUUAAAGUCUGUUCUUGUGGUUACUGUUUUUUCUGACUAACUUGGUUCUCACCUAUUGGCACACAAGGUUAAAAAGAUGGGUGUGUGGUAAGGUCUACUGAGCUCCCUUCUCCUUGAGCCACCUGUGUGGGCUUCCUCAGGUCUGUUGCUCCACAAGGCCUCAGCUGAGGCUUCCUUCUCCUUCCAUUGCUUCUCCAUCCAAAGUGCUGUGAUUCACUGCAGGGAAUUUGGCUUAUGUUCCCCAGUAUGUGCUGAACUGGGGAGAUCCAUAAGUGUGGGAGAGGGUUACUUUUUGUGUCAACCAGGCUGGG